AGUCCGAGUCCGAGUCCCGUCUCCGUUCCUGUCCCGUGCGCCGGAUCUUCAAUCCCUUGUAGCGGAUCCCGUCUCCGUCCCACUUGCGCUUACCUCAACCCUCAACCAACCGAGGGUAUUCCACCACCCAGAUCACCGACUACGAAAAAACAACCCUCCGUCGUCGUCGCCCCGCAAAGCGCAAUCCUCCUAGCCCACCAUGCAGCCCACUCGCAUCCUCCAAGGCCUUAAGUACCGCAAGUUGCGCCUGACCACCAAGGAUGUCAACAAGGGUUUCUACAAGGGUAACCGCACCGGUUCCAUGGGUACGCACACCAGCUACGGUACCUACAAGAUCGACUACACCAAGGUCCGCACCUAUGUGUGCCCGGAUCUGACCGGCUUCAAGCUCACCCCCUUCGUUUCCAAGACCAUCCGCCCCGUUCACGAUCAGUUCCCCGGCGACAAGCUCGGCCCCAAGAACCCCGCCACCUACCUUGCUCGCUGGAAGUCGGAGAACGGUCUUGAUUAAACGGUCGUCAUGCAAUCAUCGAGGGGAGGAGGAGGAGGACACUACGAUACCAGGCCCACAGCGAGGAAUGGAGCGAGGCUCACUCAACUAUCAAACUACCAACGCAAUAUAUACCCAAGUUCUGAUUACAUUCCGAAAGGCUGCCGACACAACCCGUUCGAUGCACGACGAGCCACUCUCCACUGUACAUUAUAUGACCUGACCACCAAGAAUCAACCACCUAGCAGCU